GCCCUCAUUGUCGGCACAAACACGUUCGAAAAGUUGUUUGCCAAUUGUACUUAAGCGGAUUUUGUCCUAAAGGAUUAGAGUGUCCUAACGGACAUCCAAAAUAUGAAUUACCAACUGCUCAGAGAGAACACGAUGGUCAUGAGGAAGAUGGUCUCCACAGAAAUCUUAGUGAGAGUGAUGAGCGUACAGGAUCUCAUCAUAAUACCUUCCGUUCACUGGCAGAAGUUACAUGUUUUAAG